UGGCAGUUAAAUCAGCCAACCGGCGGCUCGGGACCCGUGACGUCAGCACAUCCGCCACAGGCGGGAUUUCCGCAGUGGUAGGUCGCUAAUAACAUGGCGAAGACUUACGAUUACCUGUUUAAACUUCUUCUAAUCGGCGACUCGGGCGUCGGGAAGACCUGCGUGCUUUUCAGAUUCGCUGACGACGCCUUUAACUCAACGUUUAUUUCAACUAUAGGCAUAGACUUUAAAAUCAGAACAAUAGAUUUAGACGGAAAGAAGAUCAAACUACAGAUAUGGGACACGGCGGGACAAGAACGCUUCAGGACCAUCACAACAGCCUACUACAGAGGAGCCAUGGGUAUCAUGUUAGUGUACGACAUAACAAACGAGAAGUCCUUCGACAAUAUAAAAAACUGGAUACGGAAUAUAGAAGAGCACGCCUCAGCGGACGUGGAGAGGAUGGUCCUGGGGAACAAAUGUGACGUCAACGACAAGAGACAAGUGUCCAAAGAACGAGGAGAGAAGCUGGCGCUGGAGUACGGCCUCAAGUUCAUGGAGACGAGUGCAAAGUCGAACAUCAACGUGGAGAAUGCGUUCAUGGCGCUCGCAAGAGACAUCAAAGCAAAGAUGGACAAGAAGCUGGAGGGAAACAACCCUCAGGGCAGCAACCAGGGGGUGAAGAUCACAGAACAGCCCAAGAAGACCAGUCUCUUCCGCUGCGUCCUCCUGUGAGCGGACAGCGGCGCCUGCAUCCACCGUCGCCUUAACCGCGUCCCCCACUGGACAGAACUGGACAGAGCACACUCUGAUUUCUCUCUGACUUCUUCUCUCGUCUUCCUUUUUUUUGUCCUGUGAUGAUUUAGGAAAAAGCAGUGUUUCCCCUCUGGGUUUUAUGGCUCGUCCUUCAGCACCUGUGGAUCUACCUGCUGAGGGUUCUGCUCCAGACCCUCAACUUGAAUCUUUUUAUUCAUUUUUUUAACCGUGGCCUCCUGGUGAGAAGCUGAGAACGAUCAAACUUUUUCUACCUUUCCAAAUGUUUUCUUCUUAUAUUUAUGCCUCUCCUGGAACCAUCUACAAUCUUAUCUACAAUCUUCCACCUCGUUUGCACUGACAGUUUUUUCCACUUGAAAACCAUCAUAUGAAAAAGCGAUUUCCACCGUUUACGUCUGUCCUGGUGCUGAAACAUUCCUGUUUGUAAUUCCACUUCCUGGUUUCUCUCCAAGUGUUCAUGUCUCUGCAGAACUGUGACAGACUGAAAGGUUUCCUUUACAUGGAUCCUAAAGUAAAUCAGGAAUGAAGAGGAGCGUUUGAGACCGUUGGGUUUCGGAGGAUGAAGGAGAACCUGUUAUCUUCUGUUUAGGAUGGAGCUGUGCUCUGCAGCACCAACAUGUCAAAGUGCCCUUUAUGUUCUUGUUGAUGAUGCACUUUUCUGUCAUUUAUUGAAAAAAAAAAGAUUUAUUGAAAGAAGACUGAUGGACCUCCAGAAAAUAUCUGAGCGCUGAGACUUCUGGUUUUGCUUAACAUAUUAAAAAAAAAUCACAGAAAUUUUUUUUUAAUUUCAAAUAUUCCCCCUCGCAGAAAGAAACUGAUUGAUUUUACAAAGAUUCCAGUCGCCUCUUUCCAGAUAUUUUCUACAGUUUUGAUGCACUGCAGCAGAUUUUUGUUUUGAACUAUGCAUUCUGGGUAAAAAGGCUUUGCACAUGUGACCAAACGAGUGACUUUGAGCUGAAAGAAGGAGAGACCUAAACGUCUGUUGGGGAGCCAAUCAUCUCUCAGGUUGAAGAGGAGAAUCUUAAAUUAUUUCUUAGUGUUUAAAUCUUCCAAAUUUGGUGAAAAUGUCAUCAGUUACCCAUCUUUUCCCUCUUCACUCGCAGCUUUUGCAUCUUUUCAGCCAAACCCUUUUAUAAAUGUUUAUCAAGGCAGUGGACUUCAGAUGGACGAAAUGCUUCAAUUGUAAAUAAGAUCUACAAAUAUUGUACUGUAACCUCUGAAAUCUUUACAUCUACACUUUUUGUAGAUAUGUAUGAGUUCGAAGAUUUAUUAAAAAUUCUUAACGAUUG